GCUGUAACCGGCUAUCCCCGUCUGGUCUCGCCCCGGAGAGUUGACACCCUUCCCCGACAAAACCCCCCUCGGCAGCGGCUGCGCUGCACCGUCGACAUGGCAAGGAAAUAUCGCAUUUUCUUUACAGAAGAUGAACAUCUUCCAAGUCGUUUGGAAUGAUAUUCAUCGUGUGAUGUGACCCAAAAUCCACAAUGUGUGAGGACAUUUAGUUCGGAAGAAAAACAAAUCUUGAUUCCAGUGGAAUCUUUCAUAUAUUAUUAUUAUUAUUAUAUAUUUUUUCCCCCCUGUGUCAUAGUUUAUACACAUUCGCACGCACUCGUCGCCACCCACAUAUAAUCAUCAUGCCAGUUCAAGCGCCACAGUGGACAGAGUUCCUGCUCUGUCCGAUCUGCACACAGACAUUUGAGGAGACCGUUCGGCGGCCCAUCAGUUUGGGCUGCGGACACACUGUCUGCAAGAUGUGCCUGAACAAGCUCCACCGCAAGGCCUGUCCCUUUGACCAGACGGCCAUCAGCACGGACAUCGAGCAACUGCCUGUCAACACAGCCCUGCUGCAACUGGUGGGAGGCCAGGUUCCUAAGGCUCAGCCAGUUGGCUUGAUUAGCAGUCCUGAGGACUCUCAGCAUUAUGAGGAAGCGAGGCAGUGUGUGGAGGAGCUGGCCCUCUACCUGAAACCCCUCAGCAACAUGCGAGGGGUCGGUCUGAGCAGCACGGCCCAAAGCAUGCUGAGUCGACCCAUGCAGAGGAAACUGGUCACUCUGGUCCACUGCCAGCUAGUAGAGGAGGAGGGCCGCAUCCGGGCCAUGAGGGCCGCCCGCUCUUUGGGCGAGCGGACAGUCACGGAACUCAUCUUGCAGCACCAGAACCCCCAACAGUUGUCCUCCAACCUGUGGGCUGCAGUCCGUGCACGUGGGUGUCAGUUUCUUGGCCCAGCGAUGCAAGAAGAGGCCCUGAAACUGGUCCUCCUCGCACUGGAGGAUGGCUCAGCUCUGUCCAGGAAGGUGUUGGUUCUCUUUGUUGUCCAGAGGCUUGAACCUCGAUUUCCACAGGCCUCCAAGACAAGCAUAGGCCAUGUGGUGCAGCUCCUCUAUAGGGCCUCCUGCUUCAAGGUGACCAAACGUGAUGAAGAUUCAUCCCUCAUGCAACUCAAGGAGGAGUUCCGUACUUAUGAGGCACUGCGGCGCGAGCAUGACUCUCAGAUUGUUCAAAUUGCUAUGGAGGGCGGCUUGCGCAUCGCACCCGACCAGUGGUCUUCGCUGUUAUAUGGGGAUCAGUCGCACAAGUCACACAUGCAGUCCAUCAUUGAUAAGCUGCAGACCCCAGCAUCCUUUGCCCAGAGCGUCCAAGAGCUCACAAUUGCCCUGCAGAGGACGGGAGACCCAGCCAACCUCAACAGGCUGCGGCCUCACCUUGAACUGCUUGCCAACAUCGAUCCCAGCCCUGAUGCUCCCCCUCCCACAUGGGAGCAGCUCGAGAAGGGCUUGGUGGCCGUGAAGACGGUCGUGCAUGGCCUAGUGGACUUCAUCCAGAACCACAGCAAGAAAGGAGCUGACCCUCAACAGCCUCCUCAGCACAGCAAGUAUAAGACGUACAUGUGUCGCGACAUGAAACUGAAGGGAGGCUGUCCUCGUGGAGCGAGCUGCACCUUUGCUCACUCUCAGGAAGAACUGGAAAAGUAUCGAAAGAUGAAUAAACGCCUGGCAGCUCGCCUCCCUGGUUCAGGAGGGCCAGAAGAGGGCCUCCCCCUCGAUGUGGGCGUGACCAGGAAGCCUUCACCCCUCACCAACGGGAGCGUCGUACCCUCCCUGCCCCAGCUCAUCGCACGUGGCGCAGACACAGUCCCGUACGAACUGCUGCGGAAGCCUCUCAAGAUGGACGGAGGGAGCCCAAGUGCCCCGGGAUCACCACCUGAUCUCUUGGACCCUAUGACCAAGACUGGUAUGCCUAUGCCACCUCAUGCCAUGGCUCACCCACGGAUGGCUCCAGACCACCUUUCCGGAGUGAAGCAAAUGCCUGUCGUCGCCCGAGGUUCGCCUGUCUACCCCCAGCAGCAGCUCCCUGAGAUGUUCUAUUCUGACACGCGCCCCCCACCCUCUGCUUCCCAGUAUGAGCCCUCACAGUACCCACCAGGGUACCCCUACCAGCAGCCACCGCAAUACGUUUCUCGGGAUUACAUCCGUAACCCUCUACCCCCGAGUGAGUCAGGACCCCCUUAUGACCCGUACCCUGGUUACGGCCCACCAGAGCGCCCCUACCAGGCCCCCCACUCCGGUCCCCACUUUUCGUACCCUCACCCAUCACACUACGACCGCGGACGCCACGUGACCUACAGCGGCCCGCCGCCUCCCCCGCAGCCUUAUCCAUCUCAGAGAGAUGGUCUCGUCAGGAUAAGCGCUGCGCCGUUGGAUGUUCCCCCACAAUCAGCUGGACAGGCUAACUCCCUCUACCACACAGAGCCCAGUGUACGAGAUAGAUACCCACCAGAAGGUUACUACCCACCAGGAGCCCCAUCACAACCCAUGAGGACUUAUGUCAGGGGGGCAUCAUACGCCGGGUCCCAGCCCAGUCUGGACUAUCUACACCGCCGUCGCAAGGAGCUCCUCUCCCAGCUGGAGGAAAGGAAAGUCAUCUCCCCUCCACCAUUUGCAGCCUCUCCCACACUAUCGCAUCCAUUCCCCAGUGACUACCCUCCCGAGUAUGGCGACGAGAGCUCCAAGAGCAUUGGGAAAUGCAGAGAGCCGGACUACGCUGGCCAGUACUCCCCAUGGUCGUGUGAUACAAUUAGCUCCUACAUUGGCACCAAGGAUGCCAAACCCAGAGAUGUUAUGGUUCCUGGUGCCAUGGACAUGAUGAAUGUGGAUGCAAAGGUUCUAAGGGAACCAUGCCUGGAGGCCCCUCGGAGGGGUGCGGAAGUUAAGGACGACGACCCCAUUAUUCCAUUUGGUCCCCAGCCAACAGUGUCACGCUUUGGCGCCAUCUCCCGCACCUCCAAGACGGGCUACCAGACCGGCCCUGUCCAAGCUAUGGUCCCCGCCCCCCAGAACCCAAACUCUAAACACAUGACCAUGGCUGCAGAAUACACGUAUGGAAGUCAUGCAGGAUGGGGCGGAACUUCAUACCCCUCCCAUCAGACAGCCCAGGACAGAGAACAGCUGAAGAAGGAGCUGCAGCAGGUCAACCAGCAGAUUAACCAGCAGACGCAGAUGCAAAGCAUGGAGUCUGCCAGUAACCCUUUACUGCUGCAGAGAGAAGCCAGUGCCUUGGCUGGCCCGCCGGUCACCAGCAGCCAAGGUCAGGCCUUAGCCGCUCAGUCGCAGCAGCCCCCCAAGUGGCCAACCGGGGGGGCGAGUGCUGCGGCCGUCUCCAGUGAACAGCUAAGCCUGGAGCUCCACCAGGUGGAGCGAGAGAUUGGAAAACGCACUCGAGAAAUGGCUAUGGAGAACCAAGUAGCCCAUGAGGUCCAGCAGUACAAGCUGAAAUCCGCUGAGAAUGGACAACCUGAGCACAAGACCCAGCUGGAAGAAAUCUCGCUCGCUCUCGGUGAGGUGUCAAAUGGCUCCAGUAGUCUGCAAGAAGGUGCAGUGGGCGGGUCCAUGCUGUCGCUGACAAACAAGACGUCUACGUUAAGCCUGUGUUCUGACCCGGUCGGCACCGGCUCAGAAAUGCAGAAGAAUGGUGUUGUCCAUUCCUGCUCUUAAGCAGUACACAAUUACACACGCACACACACACACACACACACACACACACAAGAUGCUCUGUUGAAAAGCAUGCACAGGCAUACACACACAUUCUAUUUAGAUGAGCAGUAUCUGCCGUGAUAUGAAUUUUCUUUCUUUUUGUUCUGUGAAUGAGCUUUUUCUUUUUUUUAAAACAAUGACUUUCCUUGCCUGGAAACCAGGGCAUAUGAUAACAUUUCUUUGUGUGUUGUUGUUGUUGUUGUUCCUUCUCUUUUCCCCGCUCUCCUUUUGAAUUCUAGACUUAACAAGGCUCACAACAGGAAGAGGAACAGGGUGGUGAUGGUGACAGUGGCACUCAAAAGGAAUUCAGUCACCCCCCCCGCCCCCCAAAAAAAACGGUUUCCGAGGCAAGCAGACCUAUCACGUCGCAUGCUCAGGAAUAUAGCGUCACACAAACGUGUGGAGGAGACAGCAGCAAGUUGGCCCUUGCCCCCAGAAUCGUAAACAAACAAAAAAAAAAAAGUGGUUGCACAGAUCCAGAUGGUCUGGGAAGGGAAAGUACGCCACCUGACUGCCAUGAGAAGCAUUAUUAUUUUUUUAUGAAUGCAUUUUUAGGAUGGACUUGGCUAUGUAUUUUUUUUUUUUUUUGCCUACUAAACCAGUAUAUUAAAUAUUUAAUGGAAGCAUUCUGUUUUAAGGAUUGCAACUUUCUUGAUAAGGGAAUGUGCUUCUUCCUCACUGUGGUCACAAUAUUGUACUCCCAAAAAAAAAAAAGCACUUCCUCAGGCUGGCCGCACCCUCGUGCGUCAGGGUCAAACUUUGACUGAUGAUGAGCCUUUCCCUCCUCAGAGCUUCUCGUCUGGCCACUCGCAAAAAGCCUCCCCAUUGGGAUUAUCUCGUCACGUGUUCGCCUAACUUCUAUGAAGUUGCCUUCCCUUUUGUCUUUUUGUUUUUGUUUUCAUGCUCUAUGUUGUUACGGUUUUGGGGUGCGGGGUGGCCUGUUUGCACUCCUCGCCGUCGAGUGUUCCACUACAGUAGUAACCUUGCACAUGUAUUUUCUUUAAUUUGUUUAAGUCACUGCUGUCACCAUCACCGCAAGGCUAGCCUAGCGCUUCCGUGUUACGUUUACUGCCGACACCCAACGCGGAGCCUGCAGUUCGAGUUCGUUCGAGGUGGACGCGAAUUGUUUUUGCGUCCAUUCUGAUCGCUUUCCGCCACCCGCCCUCGUCCGCUACAUUUAUCGUUUAGGUACACAGCUCACUUAUACAUACGAGUAUGUAUACAUACAUUAAUAUACUAAAGCACUAUUAACGUGCCACCUCUUAUUCUACUCGCUCAGCAUUUAUAUUAAAUGAUCUCUACUUUAGAAUCAGCAAGAUGUUUAUUCCUUUUUUUUUUUUUUUUUUUGGACUUUUUAUUUUUCUGUCCACUGCUUGCCAACACAGACUUUAUCCUUUCCCAGACGAAGGACUUUCUGUGCGCAGUCGACGUGUGUUCACUUAAAUCUUUUGUGUUCAAACAAAGAUAAGACUAUGCUUCCGAAGAAGACAAAACAAUUCUGUAACUUUUGGGUGGGAAGAGAAACAAACAAAAAAAAUAUGGAGAGACUAAGGAGUUUGGUGUUGUGUGUGUGUGUGUGUUAGAAAAUACCCUCAGUUUUUUCCGCUUUUUUCCCCCCCUUCGCCCUCAAGUGCUGUAAUGGAUGAAGAUAUGAAAAGCGUUAACCCCGCCCCCUUACGAGGAUAAUCAGGAAGGUAAAGGUUUGCCUCGGAUCCUCUUCAGUUUCCUCAAUAUUAAAGCCUAAAUGGUAGGAUUAAGCGAUGUUGUAAUUAUCAUUUUCAAACAAUGCAAUACUGCCAAAACAAUGCCCCCCCCCCCAUAACUGGAUAUGUAGUGUAUUUAUUGUUUUGUCUGCAAUAGAAUGAAUAUUGAGUCUUAAUCGACAGCUGCAAAAGUACUUGGGUGACAUUCAUGUAUUUUAUUUUUAAUUUUUUUGCGCUCUUUCCUUCGCUUUAUCCAAGUGCAAGUCAACCAAAAACAAAAAAUAAAAAAUGCCUGACUGCUCUUUAAACACCUUUUAGUUCGGACCAUGUCACAUUGGGGCUUUACUACAUAGCGAACAGCAAAAGAUGCUGAAUCGAUGUUUCCCAGUGGAACUGCUGCCGACUACCCCCUCAAUGAGAUAAUCCACCUAAAGCCCUCCACUUCCAAACUUUCUUUUGACCACUGAGCUCUGUUACUGCUGUUUGAGACUCACGUUUUAUUCCCCUGAUUUUGUGGGCAAAACAAUUCACAAAUGGCUUUUUAUAUUUCCUUGGUAAUAAAAAAAAGAAAAAGAAAAAAUCUCUUAAAUUAAGGUACCGGUUUGAUUUCAGCAAGAAAAAAGGGUUUUAUAUGUAUAUUAUACUCCAUUAAGGAAUGUCUAGAAUUAUCUUCCUCCAAUGUGGAUGUAGCCAUUAUGCCAUUUUGACUUUGUAAGAGAAUUCACUGUGUGAAAAUUGGUUUGCAUUUUUGUAUAAUACAAUUUGCUUUUGUGUGUGUGUGUGUUUGAUACGAGCAAGAGGUCAAACUGGAAGUUUGAGGAGGAAAAAAGUGAACCUGUGAAAUUUGACACAAAAUGUAACUUAUGUAGUACAGUGAUUCUGAGUUUAGGGAAAAGAUUAAAUAAGAUUGCUAACU